AUGAUAUUUUCUUUAGAUGAAUUAGUACAGUGGCUGGGACUGACAAUUUUUGAAAUAUGGAUAAAUUUAAUUUCAUUAACAAUCUUCACAAUGUUAUUAGCUCUUAAGUUGGAUGAUAAUUAUUUCUUGGGUCAUACAGGAUGGUGGAUAGUAUUUUCACCACUUUUUGUUGCAGAUGGUUUGAAUACAUAUUUUUGUGCAAUUAUUUUCAUAAGAAUGCACAUGGAAGGAAUGAUCAAAGCUGCUAUUUUAAGAACACUAUGGAGUCUCAUAUUGUUACUCCUAAUAUUUGUUUUUAAAUAUCUCCUAUGUAAAAAGCUGUCAGGUCAAAGCCCUUUAGAGUAUUCAGAAGUUUUAAGCCCUAUAUUUAUCCUCUUGCAAUUAAUUGCAGUUAGAGCAUGUCAACUUCAUUGAU